AUGUUAAUAUCCUGUUUCCUGUUUAACAGACCGUCGCCCAAGCGUGCGCAGACGCAGGGGGCGGCCACCCCGGCUGAAGGUCAUUCAACCUCCCCUCCCCCCGCGACCGUUCCCCGUCCCUCACAAUCACAGCCCUUUGUGAGGGCUAGUGGGGACAAGGUUCAUUUCUUUGUUUUGAAAUGCCUUCUAAGUCGAGGGGCCUAA